GAAACCAGCCCUAAUGAAAACAAGUUGGUCAGCAGCAAUCAUAGCCAGUGAGCUCAAGGCUGGGGAGCGGGAGGCGGAGGAGGAGGCUGGGCUCGCACAUACACAGUCCCAAGGAGACAGAAGAAACUGGGCAAGGACCAAGGAGCACAGGACAAGCUAACUUUUAAACUCCCCCCCACCCCCCAUCACUUCUUACGGUCCUGCACGCCCUGCGCACGGAUCCCUCCGACGGGAGGGUGCUGGGAGACGCGCACGUCUGCCUAGCCCCCAGCUGAGUCCUGGGUGCACCCUGUAGGGAGAUGGCCAACCCAGUGACCCUCUGCGGGCUCCUGCUCCUACUGGUGCCCCUUUGUGCCACGCGGUCGACGCACUUGCAGACGACGGUGAUGAAUGACAACGGAGGGAGUGGGGACACCGAGGAGGCCUUUGCCAUGUCCUCCUCGUCCAGCGUGACUUUGGGCGUGAGCCCCACGGUCAAUGGGAUCACGGUGACCUCCGUUAACGGCACUUCGCAGUCGAAUGACAUUGUCACGGGGAUCAUGGACUUUGUGAAAGAAUACAUGCUGCUGCUCAUCGUGGUGGGGUCCUUGGUUUUUGUGCUUCUCUUCAUUUUAUGUGCAGCUGCCAUAGUCAGGCAGAAACACAAGGCCUCAGCGUACUACCCAUCUUCUUUUCCAAAGAAGAAGUACGUGGAUCAGAACGACAAAGCGGGCGGCGCCAAAGCCUUCAGCGAAGUCCCUGAGAAGGCCUCCGAUGCCCAGUCCGAGGAGCCGGUGGAUUCCUCCAAGCAGCUGCAGGCUGACAUUUUAGCUGCUGCCCAGAAUCUCAAGUCCCCAGCCAAAGCCUCUCUGGCCAACGGAGACGGGAUGAAAAUGCAGGACAAGCUGCCUGAAGACCAGGAGGAAGGAGCCAAAGUGGAGGACGGCACAGAGGAUGCCGAGUGCAUUUCCAAAGAACCGGAGGCCGCUCUGGAGAAAACCGAAAGUGGGAAGGAGACGCCAGUCCCCAGCUGCGCGGCAGAAACCAAGGCCAGGGAAGAAGAGCUGCCAUCUGCCGAGGAAGACCAGCCUGCUCAGGAGCCUGCCACGUCCUCGCCCGAGGAGCCCAAAGAUGACUGCCCUGGGGCGGCUGCCGAGUCCGUUGCGCAGACCGCAGAGCGGGAGCAGCAAGACCCGGCAGCCCCCGACACCUGCGCCUCGGGUGUCUAAUGUAUGAACUUGAGCCCUAGAGCAGCAGACCUUUGUUCCUGAGACCUGCUGCAGGAAUGAACGGGCGCUGUUUGAUAGCGUUGAAUCGGAGAUCUCUUUCACGGACGACAGACUGUGUUGUUUUGUAUUAAGCAGGCAAAAUAGAUGCGGCUCUUGGGCCCCAGGGUGUUCUGCCCAACUGUAAUAUCAAAACCUAGUAGAUUUAGUACACUGUGUCUUACCUUGACAGGCUCUUCAACUCCUGCGUAAAAGCAUAAUGGCGCACACUUACAGUAAAUCCCUUGGCGGUGGUGAGGGAAGGGGUUUGACCGAACUCUGGGGUCCAAACUCCUUAUUUCAAAUGCAGAACGGAAUAUUUCUAAUAGUGGCCUUCAGUGAUAUUUAGCAAGACCUGCCAUUUGCAUGUUACAUCCUAGCGUGUGCUUGCAUUGCAGUUGGAGGGUGUCCUUGCCCAUCUAGCCAAGAAAGCCCAAUGCUACAAGCUGUGCAAGCAUCGGAGAAUUUGAAACUCUGUGGUGGAAUUUUUCAGCCUUUAUUUAUUAGGCUUAAUUAUAUUUCCCAAAGACACCCCCACUCCUCCAAAAUGUCCUGCCCAGGCAUAUGCAUUGAAGGUCUGGGGGGCCCUUAUGCAUACACCAUGAUCCAGGAGGAUCAAUGGUUGCCACCAUUUCCCAAAGAAUAUCCAGGCAUUUUCUGGGAUGAUUGGGUCUGUUUAAAGUAAGAUGUAACUCGCACUCUUGCAAGCAUUUAAGUUGUUGUUAUUAGAUGGAGGACUUCUGACUGUGUGCAUAGCGGUGCUUGUUGAUGGGUAUUUGCAACACAACUUUCCAGGCAAACCUGGAAAGCAGGGGAUGUUUUAUUAUAUGCUGGGCAGCUGGACCAUGUAAUGCCAUCAGAUGGUGAAGAGUCUUGUUUUAAAACAUAACCUCAGACUUUUUGUCUGUCAUUGUAAAGGCUUGAUCAAUAUUUAUGACCUUCUUUGAUUUUUUUUUUCUUUCCAUACAUUCUGGUCGUCAAAGCACUAUAAGAGGGAACAUGCAACUCGUUGCAGAUAUAUACAAUUGACACUUUUGUUAUAAUCAUUUUCUUUGGCCUCUAUAUUUUGUUGCAGUGUAUAGUAAUAAUAAUUAUAGAUUAGAAAGAGCGUUCUGCAUUAUAUCCACUGUUUACCUGUUCCAUGAAGAUGACUCGCAGAAAUAUAUUUUACUCAGGGUCUCUGUCGAUAAAGUAAAGCUGAAGAAACCCCCCUUGCCUAGAGGUACUAGCUCAAGAAGGGAGGAAGGAAAGGAAUUCAAUGGAGAGGGGAAAAAAGAGUUAUCCUUCGCGUUUUUAUGCCAAAAUUCCAGUGAUGUCUUAAGACAAACAAAAUGCCCCUAAAAUUGCAGUGUUGUUUUCUUCUUAUCCCUCAGUUAUAAAUAAAGAUUUUUUUCUAUG